GCGCGCGGGAAAGUGUCAUUUUCGCUUGUACGCGAAAUCGUCUGAUAGGAUUGCCGCGCAAAAGUAAAGGAAUCAGCGGCAGUGUUUCCUGUUAAAGGGACAGUGUCUCCUCGACCGUAGCGGCCUCCAUAACGCGGGAAGGUGUUUUAGCUGCGGGCUUGGAGGGUAGGAGAGAAGAAAAGGGGACGGAGUGCCUAUCCAGGUGAGGUGCACGGACUGCUUAUGAGUGAUCCCUGAUUGGUGAUGUCAUCUCUGCCUUGACCAGGGGGAAAGGUCUUUUAAUCACAGCACACUGACACCAUUUCCUCCUGAACCUGCUGUUACUGUUAAAACUGGCUGGAUAAAUGGAGCAAGAGUGCUUGGCUCUUGUGGCUGCCUGUGUUCAGACUUCUCAAUUACUAGUGCAACAAUGGAUGCUGAACAGGCGCACGGUGAUAUUUGCAAUAGCAAGGAUUCUUCAGCGGAGGCGCUUCCGCCGAUCAACCGCAGUGCUGAGGCGCAUCCUCUCAGCUAGCGUUCGUCGUAAGAGAGCCUUGCUACGGCUUCAUCGCAAUGCCAUAGUCUCUGUAGUUACUAUGGUAUACUCAUCUUCACCUGCACUGCACUAUGAGCAUGAGCUGAUGGCCCUCUCUGAGCGAUCACACUGGAUGCUUCCGAGAUGUAGCGAAUGGUGGGAGCGAAUGAUUUCUUCAGAACAGGAUGAUAAGUGUUGGAUUUCUUUAUUCAGAAUGUCACGCUCUACACUGAUGUAUAUUGCUGAGGAACUGCGUCCUGCACUACAGCGUCGAGACACUGGCAUGAGGUCACACAUUCCUGUUGAAAAAAGGGUGGCCAUGACCAUUUGGAAACUGGCACAUCAUGACAGUUACAAGACUGUCUCAGAGCUCUUUGGGGUGGGAAUAUCAUCAGCAUGCUCAAUAUUUGAAGAGGUCUGUGAGGAAAUAAAUAGUAGACUCCUGGCCCAAACAAUUAUGCUGGGAGAUCCACAAGAUAUUAUGGAAGGCUUCAAGGACAUGGGCUUUCCCAACUGCCUUGGUGCGAUUGAUGCAAUACACAUCUCCAUUCUCUGCCCUCCCUUCUCUGCUGACUCCUACAUUAAUUGCAAAGGCUUCUAUUCGAUGGUGUUGCAGGCUCUGGUGGAUAGUAAAUCUCGUUUUACUGAUAUUUAUGUUGGGUUUCCAGAGAGAUCCCAUGAUUCCCGCAUCUUGCAUAAUUCUCCUUUUUUCAACAGCAUGGAUGACGGUGCAUUUGGCCCACAAACUCCAACAGUGCUAGAAGGGGUUUCAAUGACUCCUGUUGUCAUUGGAGAUCAUGCAUACCCACUUCGCCCCUGGCUAAUGAAGCCAUAUCCGGCACCAAAAACGGGGGCCCAAGAAAAGUUCAAUGAUAGGCUCGCCAAAUGCCGAAUGUGUGUGGAGAGAGCUUUUGGGGUCUUGAGAGCUCGCUGGAGAUGUUUGCAAAUGAGGCUAGAUGUGAGAGAGAAGCUCAUUCCUGUGGUCAUAGCUACGUGCUGCAUCCUACAUAAUAUUUGUGAGAUCAAAGGUGAUGAGUUGCUAGAACCAUUGGAAGGUCCUACAGCUGCUGAUACCCAGAAUGCUUCAGCCAGGCCAAGGGUGCCACUGUCAGAAGCUGGACUUACCAAGAGAGCUUGUCAGAUCAGGGCGGCAUAUUGCUCCUAUUUUGAAAAGAACCCUCUCUAGAAGAACACACUUUUGCCUACAGUAUGCGAUUUCAAUGUGAGUGCCCUGAUUACAUCAUGAUACAAUACUCUCACACCAAUGUAUACUACAUGGUACUUACUUUUUUACGUCAAAA